GCUUCCGCAAUAUCUGAAAGCAUACAAACAAGUAUAGUAUGCUGGUCAAAUCCAACGAGAGACUCACACACCCACCAUACAAGUGUAUAUAACCUUGAUUUCUUGUCUUGGACUCUGUAUAUCUUUCUCACUCUUUCCUUGUUUCAUGAUGAACUUCCGUCUGGUUACCAUACAAGUGUAUAUAACCAAGAUUCAAAUCAAAUCAGUUACAGAUUAAGGAAGAAGAUUAAAUCAAUCAAGAUUUUACAUGUCCAGUAUACUUUCGUCUUCCUUUGUAAACUCUCCCGAGUUGGUAACCGUGAUGCGGCAUCCUUAGUUAACAAUGACGAUCCAACAUGUUUGGAAAUAUGGAACUUGGUGUUUAUUCAGUUCAACAGAGAGAUUGGUGGCUCACUUAAACCUCUGCCUGCGAAGCAUGUUGACACCGGAAUGGGUUUCGAGAGGUUGACUUCUGUUCUUCAGAACAAAAUGAGCAACUAUGAUACAGAUGUGUUCAUGCCUAUCUUUGAUGACAUCCAAAAGGCCACGGGAGCUAGGCCAUAUUCUGGAAAAAUUGGUCUGGAAGAUGUUGACAGAGUUGACAUGGCUUAUAGAGUGGUUGCUGAUCACAUUAGGACUCUAUCCUUCGCUAUUGCUGAUGGCUCUCGUCCUGGUAAUGAGGGCCGUGAGUAUGUUCUGCGACAUAUUCUUCGUCGAGCAGUUCGCUAUGGAAAGGAGAUCCUAAAAGCUGAGGAAGGAUUUUUCAACGGACUCGUAAGUUCUGUUAUUCGGGUGAUGGGUGAUGUCUUUGGGGAGUUGAAGGAACAUGAAAAAAAGAUCACAGAGAUAAUCAAAGAAGAGGAAGCAAGCUUCUGCAAGACACUGGCAAAGGGAAUUGAGAAGUUUCGGAAGGCUGGUCAGUCAGUUCAGGGGAAUACGCUAAGUGGAGAGGAUGCUUUUAUAUUAUCGGCGACAUAUGGAUUCCCUAUAGAGCUGACUCAGUUAAUGGCUGAAGAACACGGGUUGCUAGUUGAUGUUGAUGGUUUCAACAAAGCCAAGAAAGAGGCGAGGGAUAUAUCAAAGAAUGCCCAGAAUAAGCAAGCUGGUGGCACCAUUGUCAUGGAUGCUAAUGCUACAUCAACGUUGCACAAGAUGGGUGUUUCAGCAACAAAUGAUUCUUUCAAAUACAUUUGGUUCCAGGGUCACGAUAGUGAAGUGAAGGGUAUCUACACUGGCUCUGCUUUCCUGGAAAGUUCUGCCAGUGGCGAUAAUGUGGGACUAGUAUUAGCGUCUACAAGUUUCUAUCCUGAGCAGGGUGGUCAGAUUUUUGACACAGGGAUUAUAGAAGGGUCAUUUGGUACAUUCAACGUGUGCAAUGUCAAAAUAUUCGGGGGCUUUGUUCUUCAUAUUGGUAGUCUUUCUACAGAAACUGGAGAGGUAUCGGUGGGGGAUGAAGUAACUUGCAAGGUUGACUAUGAGAGACGUAAACUCAUCGCUCCUAAUCAUACUUGUACACAUAUGCUGAAUUUUGCCCUGAAGGAAGUGCUCGGGGAUCAUAUUGAUCAGAAGGGGUCAAUAGUUCUUCCUGAAAAACUACGAUUUGAUUUCUCCCAUGGUGAGCCGGUUGAUCCUGAAGAUUUGAGAAAGAUCGAGUCCAUAGUGAAUACACAAAUUAAGGAUGAAUUAGAAGUAUAUUCAAAGGAAUCUAUUCUCUCUGAAGCCAAGCGCAUCAAAGGUCUAAGAGCAGUGUUUGGAGAAGUCUACCCUGAUCCUGUCAGAGUGGUUGCAAUUGGGAGACGGGUGGAGGAUCUCUUGGCUGACCCUGAAAACGAUGAAUGGUCAUCACUUUCAUCCGAGUUUUGUGGAGGAACCCACAUAACAAACACACGCGAAGCCAAAGCGUUUGCUCUUCUAUCAGAGGAUGGCAUUUCGAAAGGUAUUCGUAGGAUAAUUGCUGUCACUACUAAAUCUGCAUUUGAUUCUCUGAAUACGGCGUCUUUGCUUGAAAAAGAAGUAGAUGAGGCGUCCAAGGCGGUGGGAAAUGCACUAGAAAAGAAAGUUAAUGCUUUGAAAAGACGAGUAGAUGAAGUAGAUAUCCCUGCAGCCAAAAGGGCGGAUAUCAAAGCCAAGAUUGCUCAGCUUCAGAAUGAAGUGAGGAAAGCUCAAAAGAAAAUAGCAAAGGAAAACCUGAAGAAAUCUGUAGAAAUAGCAACAGAGGGAGCUGAGUCUGCAGCAUCAGAUGGGAAAAACUUCUGCAUUGUCCAGCUUGAUGUGGGACUUGAUGCAGCUGCAGUUCGAGAGGCCGUUUCAAAAGUGAUGCAAAAGAAGGGAAUGUCCGUAAUGGUGUUCAGCACAGAUGAAAGCACAAAUAAGGCGGUUGUGUGUGCUGGAGUUCCAGACAAAUCUGAUCAGUUCAAGCAAUUAGACGUCACAGAAUGGCUGACAACUGCGUUAAGUCCCAUAAAAGGGAAGUGCGGGAAAGGAAAAAGUGGUCUCGCUUCGGGACAGGGAACGGAUGCUUCCCAGGUGAGUUCGGCUUUGGACCUGGCUGCAUCAUUUGCCUCAAUGAAGCUCAACUGAUGUGGUUGGGCGAUUUCAUAAUCUGUUUUACUAGAACCACCUCCACUCAUUUGAUAUCAUUGUUACACAUUUUGUUGAGAAUAUAUGAACUGUCGUGUUUCUAGUGAUAUUACAGUUCAAUCGAAGUUAGCUAUUAAUGUCGUGUUACCUUUAACUUAUAGUAUUACUAUGUUAACUAUCACUUGAAAUAUCUCAUUUUUCAAUUUGCCAUUUGAGAUUCAACUUUGCUGAAUUACGCAUUCCUGAUGUUGAAGAGGGCAAACGGCUGACUUUGGAUUCUUUUCAUAAGGGCUACGCGGCAAACUGAACUUGGAUUGUUUUUUUUCUUUCACUAUUGUCACUUUGAUGAUUUCAGUUUGCUCGGAUUUGAACACAUCAGUCCAAGCGAUAGCUUAAAUUAUGAGUAUUUAUUUAGACAUAAGAAGUGUGUUUCAGGAUAAGUAAGAACUUAAGACAUAAUUAGCCUGGUUUUGUAUUUAGUGAGUUUAUUUUAAUUUCAGUUUAUAGAGGCAAGAAAUAGAAGUGUGAAAGUAAAGGUUUUUAUGAUUCAGAACUGUUUAUGCUAUUCAUGUGGUUAAUUUCUAUUAACUCUGGGGUUUUUUUGAGUGAUUUAGAGACGGUUUUUUUAUGAUGGAGGAAGUACUGUUACGAUGAUGCGGCGGAAAAUGUAUGAGGUAUGAGAAAGUCAACGAUGACGAUUUACGGUGUUUUUGGGUUUUAUUGUUGGAGAGUCAAAUCGGAAAAUCAUAUUUUAUUAGCACGAGAUUUUCAAAUCGCAGAGCUUGCGGAAAUCCCAGCAAACCCGCUUCAUCUUUUCAAGCUCUUCGACGCAAUUUCAUCUUCCUCUGCGGUAUAGACAUGAAGAAAUAUCCUGCUUUGUGACACGUCUGAUGAGGGCAUCAAAUCCACUGCUCAUAAAGUAGACAAGACUUUCCAUGUUUGAACUUGGAUGAACCUAGACGACAUCAAACUUAUGGUUUGUUUUAUUCAGCUGGCUGCCCCAAACAAAGGCCACCACUUAAGCCUCCUUAUCAGCUCCAAAAGAUAUGGCCCAAAGGUAUUAAAGACGUGGUCAACACUCUCCUUAAUAAGCAGAUUUCAAUCCCUUGAGAUUAGCCUUUUGACCAGUUAUGAUUUAUCCUAAAAAUCCUCUUGUCAUUUAAUUCUUUGAUUCUGAAACCUUUGUACACGAGCUAUAUAUAAAGCUCCUUGCACUCAUUGGAAAAGAGCAGACUUGAGUAUUGAAUAGAAAGUGAGAUUUUUUCUUGAGAGCUUUUAUGUUUGUUCUUGUUAUUUUUAAGUUAUGUGAGAUUUUUUCUUAGGAUGCAAGUGUGGAACCUUUAUCUUUGUGUGUGAUUCACUUAGGUUCUGGUUCAUGGUCUUUCACUUCUUUGAGUGACGAUAUUCAUUCCAUUUAAGCCAUAGGUUUUGAUUUCUUGUGAGAUUAGCUAAGGUGCGAUUCUGAGGCUGUAUCAUUUGGUAUCAAAGCUAAAACUCCUAUCAUCUAUCUUUUUGUUUUUGUUUUGUUUUUCAUUAUAUUCUCAAAAAAAAAAACCAGAAAAAUAUUUUACCUCUUUCUUUCUUUUCUAUUUUGUUUUUCUAAGUUUCUUUUUAAAAAAAAGAGAUAUAUAAAGAGAAGAUAUGGAAAACCAGCCCAGCAACAACAACAUGGCGAGCCAUCCUUGUAGUCUUUUGAAGCUAGAAGAUUAUUAUUUUGCAGGAAGAUCAGGCCCUGAUGAGUACUUUGAAUGCAUGGGAGCACAAGAUGAACAAGUUCUUCAAUUCUUGUGGCUGUCCAGAUUUUGAGAAGGUAUACAUUGCUGCUGAUCAACUAAUUGACCAAGCUCAACACUUGUGGAGCCAAUCUACUGCAAAAAAAGAUAAUCGCCGGUAUUCUCGAGAAUCAACUUGGCAUGAGAUGAAAAAUCUGAUGAGGAAGCAAUACAUCCCAUGUGAUCAGUAUCAAGAAAUCCGGAGGCAGUUUUGUACCCUUUGCCAAGAAAAUAAGACGUUCAUGGAGUAUCACAAGCAAUUCAACCAUCUUCGCAUUCGGCUCAAUCCAGGAGUAAGCAAUGAGAAUGUCAUGGACCAGUUUGUUUAUGGGCUAAGAGAUGAGAUACGUUUUCACAUACAAAGGUACGUAUGUGAUGGUUUGGACGGAUUGGUCCAACAACUUUCAAAAUAUUAAGAGUCAACUAUUGUAUUCUCAAAGUUGAAAUGACAAAACCAAUCUCUUUAUCAGACAAGUA